CAGACUGCUUCUCGGGAUGCGAAUCGUCGGCUUUCCUGCAACUCUGAUGCUGCCUGGCCUGCUGGGUUCCUCGAGAUCUACACCUUGUUAUCCCAGAUUCUUCAGCAUCUGCAGUUCCCGUUAUCUCUAUCCCACCAGCAUCGGCAGUUCUUACUAUCUCCUAGGGAUAGGACGGGAUGCUCAUCAGAGGGUCAGUGUGAACUGAAUGGGUUGAAUGGCCUGCUCCAGUACUGUAGGGGUUCUCAGAUGGUAUCGAAUGAUGGACCAGGUCAAUGGACUGAAUGGCCUACUUUUGUUCCUAUUUGCUUUGGUUCAUUGCUUUAAGUCCCACAUGCCUAAGUACCCUCCGCCCGUUAACGAUGCUGGUAAAACGAGAACUGUAGCUGAAACGAAGCAGAGCCAGGAUCUGGGAGGGCUGCGUUGCUAUUUCAGGAGAGUGAUCUCAAAGCUUGUUUGAGGCGUUCCUCUGUAGAGAGAGCUCUGCGGGGGAAGUCUGGGUGAAGGGAGAAAGAGCGAGAGAGCUUACUGUUCUGACUUGCUGCUGUCGCUGAAAAGUUGCGUUGCCGACUAAACUCUGCACAGCGUCCCCUGCGUGCAAGUGCUGUAUGAAAAGGAAAAUUCAAAUCACGGAUUUGAACCGGGGCUGGUGAAGCAGGGAGGCAAUCGUGAGUUCAAGCCAGGAAUAUUGUAGAACAAAAUGAAAUACACAAGUACGCGAGGUGGAUUGACUGGCGUGAACUUUGAGCAGGUUCUUUUCUCUGGCUAUGCCCCAGACGGAGGCCUUUAUAUGCCCGAAGAAAUCCCAAGCCUCGACACGGCCAUACUGCAGACAUGGAGCACUUACAGUUAUCCCCAGCUGGUUGAGGAGAUUUGUUCAUUGUUCAUUUCCAGAGAUGAUUUGCCAAGGGAAGAUUUAAAGGAUCUGAUUAGCCAGGCCUUCCAGAGGUUCCAACACAAGGACAUUGUGAAAUUAGCCAAACUGAAAAAUGAGCUGAAUGUGUUGGAGCUGUGGCAUGGUGUGACCUAUGCUUUUAAGGACCUUGCAAUGUCGUGUGUGGGACAACUGCUGCAGUACUUCCUGCGAAAGAGACAGAAGCAUGUCACUAUUCUAGUCGGGACAGCAGGAGACACUGGCAGCUCUGCCAUUGAGAGCGUCCGAGGAAUGGCGAACAUGAAUAUCAUUGUGUUGCUUCCACAUGGCCGCUGCAGCCCGAUUCAGGAGCUACAGAUGACAACGGUUAUUGAGGAUAACGUCCAUGUUUUUGCAGUUGAUGGCACAAGUGAUGAGUUGGAUGAGCCAAUCCGGAAUGUUUUUGCUGACACUGAGUUUGUGAAGAAAUACAACAUAAUGAGCUUGAACUCCAUCAACUGGGCCCGUGUCAUGGUGCAGAUUGCGCACUAUUUCUACGCUUACUUCCAGUGUAGCCCUUCAAUGCAGAACAUUCCCCUUCCUUUGGUGGAGGUAAUUGUACCAACAGGAGCAGCAGGCAACAUCACCGCUGGAAGUAUCGCUCAGAUGAUGGGUCUCCCAAUUCGAUUAGUUGCAGUGGUCAAUGAAAAUGACAUCAUACACAGAACCAUUCAGAACGGUGACUUCUCCUUGGCUGAAUCAAUUAAAGCUUCCUUGGCACCAUCCAUUGACAUCCAGGAACCCUAUAACAUGGAGAGAAUAUUUUGGUUGUUGUCGGACAAGGAUAGUACCUUGAUCAAAACGCUGAUGGAGGAAUUCCAGAAAGUGGGCAAAGCUAACAUGCCAGAAGUCUUGUCCACAAAGCUGGCGCAAACAUUUGCUUCAUGCACCGUGAAUGAUGACAGCGUGAUUGCAACAAUGCUGCGUUGUUGGAAGGAAAAUGAGUAUUUGCUUUGCCCUCACUCUGCUGUUGCUGUCGCAUACCAUUAUCAAGAAUUGGGCCUGGACACCAGGAGCAUUCCGAGAUGUUGCCUAGCAACUGCCGCUGCUGCUAAGUUUCCAGAGGCUGUGCUGAAAGCUGGACUAACUCCGGAGAUUCCACCUGAAAUCCGUGCUUUGGAGACCAUGGAUACAAGGUGUACGGCAAUGAAGAUAGGGGACGACUGGGAAAAGAUUCUCUACCAAACGAUUGAGGAAAUUAAUGCAUUUAGAAAAACAUGAAUACCUUCCCAGAUCAAGUCAGUCCUUGGUUUCACCAAAUUUACGUUUGAUACCUCGAUAGUGGAAGGACACAUCCCCUAGUUCUGCAUGGGUGUGUUUAGAGUGUCCUGUCCAAAUCCCCACAUUGUUCCAAAAUCUCACUUGACCUGCUGUUGGCACGAGAUUGGGUUCGGAUGAACUAACUUAAUGUAUUUGUCAGCUCAGCUUCUUCCCUGCUUGUUUGUUCCUGAUGGUACUCCGUCUUAUUUCCCUUGUCCUCGGGGAGUUCGUUAUUGAUGCUGACUGACACGUUGAGUUUGUCAAUCACAGAAAACUUCCAGGCAAUAUAUGACAGAGCUACAGGAUGCUGACAGUCUGGGCCAAUCCCUUCCUAGUUGUUAUUUUCUCAAUAGGCCAUCCGACCUGACUGUCCACAGAGUCUGGUUCAGUUCUGGAAGGGUUUCCUUGAGCUACUAGCUGCAUUGUGUUUCCUUUUCUGUAGUUUGCCAUUUUUCCCCUUCAGCACUCUUCAAUCUUCCUACUUUUCUGUGAACCUGAUUUUUCUCCUGGACAAGUCGUUAUCUUCUCUCUCUGUCUCUCUCAGCACCUUGGAAAAGACUCAUUGAGCCUCCGUAAACACAAUCCAUCCCACUUACAACACCUCUUCCAUUGUAGGCUACAUCUCAACAGUUUUCUUCAAUGCCCAACUCACUGCAUGUUUCAGUACUAGCCCUGUAGACUUACUCAGCGGUUUAGCUGUCUCCAUCUCCCUCUAGAUGCCUCUUCACUCUUGAAUGAUGUCUUUUCUCUCCACAAACUUAUUAUGGAUGAUUGCUUUGACACCUUGGCAUCGCCUGGCUGACAGCUGAUGACUCCUUCUCUCUAACUGCAGCUUUCUCACCUGAAUAGAGCAAUCUGCCACUUGUUCUGCACAAUCAUUGCUGUGGCAGUGCAGAUCUUAGCACCAAAUCACAUCCCCCCCCCAAACUCUCUUUGUGCCAGUGCCAUUUUCUUCUCUUUGAGCACUCCAUCUUCUUCCACCUUUCAUUCAAAAUUCCCAUUCAGUAUUGCCCAUCCAAGUGCAAGGGCAUGUUAAAACCUGAGAUACCUUCACUGUUGAUGUCCUCAGCUUCCGCGCCUACUGAUUUCUCAUACUUGGUGCUUUCAACCUUCAUUUCUGCAGUGCAUCUUGUAAAUAGUGCACACUGCUGCUGUUGAGUAGUGGAGCAGUCAAUCAGUGGCAGUGGGAAUAAAAUUGUAUCAGAGAUAAUAGGAACUGCAGAUACUGGAGAAUCUGACGCAACAAGGUGUAGAGCUGGAUGAAGACAGCAGGCCAAGCAGCAUCUUCAUGAAAGGUCUAGGCCCGAAACAUCAGCUUUCCUGCUCCUAUGAUGCUGCUUGGCCUGCUGUCUUCAUCCAGCUCUACACCUUGUUAUGGCAGAGGGAAUAGAUGCUUGUGGAGGUGAUGUCAGUCAAGUGGGCUGCUUUGUCCUGGACUGUGUCAAGCUUCUUGAGUGUUUUUUGAGUUGCACCCAUCCAUGCAAGUUAGGAAUGUUCCAUCACGCUCCUGAUUGAUUGCCAUUCCCCAGACAAUUCAGGUCUUUUUGUAUUUAGGUGGAAGUGUAAAUUGGAUAUCUUUGAAAGUCCAAAUCUCUUUCACCUUGGAAUUAAGUGGACAGUUUAAUAUAUAACUCCUUACAGCCUCAUACCUUGAACACCUUUCUUGGCCUUUGGGAGACUGAGAUGACUAUAAUGAACUCAGAGUCUUUUUUAUUCAUCAUACUUUGCUUUGGUGUCAUGACGUUGGCUAUGAGCUCUUUCCCUAGGCGCCUUUGCCUCAUUGUCUCUGUCUGGCCGAGUGUUUGGUUAUCUGUUUUGUUGCACUUUGUGUGACUUGGCUUCAGCUGUUGUUGCUUGUUAUCCCUGAAGUAUCCUGGAGUGAUUCAUAACAUUAAAGGCGCUAUAUGUUGUCACGAUGUUUCACAUGAUGUCCCAAUUUCUGGCAAGGGAUAGGCCAACAUCUUCACGUUGCAAUCAAAGUGCAUCUGUUGAGCUGGUUUCUGAUAGUACUUUAAUUUCCCAGCCUAUUAUAGUUCAUUAAAUCCCUCCCCUAAGGCUCUUUACUCAUAUUUCCCUUCUGCUUUAAUCGACAACAUGCUCUGAACUGACAUUUCAGUGUCCUCAGUUCCCAGUGAUUUUGUGCAUGUCAGUAUCUGGAGCAGUAGAUAAUUGUCCAAAUGCAAAUUCAGAAGGUGAGAGAGAGAAGCACUGUGUGCCCUUCCUACAUUAUCAUGUCUGCUGAGGAUAGCUUGCAAGGAAUCAAUUGAUUGUGAACCUAUAGUUCCAAAGUUCUACACUGCUGAAAUUUUCUCAUUUCAUGCUUGCUUUGGGUGUCAAUCAAUCACAUGCAUUAUUUCAGCAAAUCCUUUAUCAUUGUGUAAUGGAACUGAAAGGAUGUUGGACACAUCAUUGUCUUUUCUUUAGACUAGGAGUUCCUUUUUUUUCAAUAAAUUCCUGCACUUGGAAAAUUUGAGUUCAAAUAACACAGAACCCGACCUAAGUGAUUUUGCACUCAGCAUUCAAUAUCUCAAAAUCUCACUGUGUGAACUAUAGUGUAUGAACAUUUAAUAUAUUUGUAUUAAAGUUCUUUGUUACCAGUUCACCCUGAAGGCUUCUGAACCAUUUAUUUUUGACUCAGAAAUGCAUGGUCUGGUGUACAGCUGAAUUAUCUCAAAUCUUUUGUCCAAUUUCAGGAAAUAAAUUAUACACCAUUAAGAAAUAAAAGAAUGCAUCAGUAUCCGAAUGUAUCAAUGAGUAUCCAACCCUCUGUUUUAGCACAAUGCUGUCAUUUCCAUUAGUCCUACAAUGCCUUGAGAUCUCUCAAUGUUAGCACAGAAGAAAUGGGAGCAGGCCAUUCAGCCCAUUGAACCUGUUCCACCAUUCAAUAAGACCUUUGGCUGAUCAGAUUGUAGUAUUAACAUCACUUUAUUUCCAGCCUCCCUAACCCUUGAAUUUCUUAUAAAUUAGAAAUGAUUCUAAUUUAGCUGUGUACAGAGUCAAUAUUCCAGUCAGAAAUUUGACACAUCCAUAAGGACUCUCACCAACAUUUACAGAUGUGCCAUAGAAAGCAUCUUAU